GGUGAGUUCAGAUGUGUUCAGAUGUGUUCAGAUGUGUUCAGGUGAGUUCAGAUGUGUUCAGGUGAGUUCAGGUGUGUUCACCACACCAUCAGUAAACAUACAGUCGUGUUGCGUUCAGAGGUCGACCUCCCUGUGACUCACUUCCUGUUCUCUCUCUCAGCGAUCAUGGCUGCAGUCGGCGCCGCUGAGGUCACCGGGUCGUGCUUCCUGUGGUCAGGAGUCGUCAGCUUCUUCGUCGUCCUCCUCCUCCUCUCCAUCUUCCUCACAGCUCUCUGCAGCGACUGCAGGAGACGUUCGUUUGAGCUGCGAGAUUCUGGAGUCAACAGAUAUCCAUCCAGUCUGAUCCGAGUGGUGAAGCUGGAAGACGCGGUGGGGGGGAGAGAGAAUCCAACGAUCAACGACAUGAAGAACGACGAAAAAGAGUCUGUCCCUGCGUGGAGGAGCCACCUGGGGGCGCCGCAGGACCAGCGAGUCGCUCACACCAAUGGCAGCGCUGUGACGAAGGCGUCGAGCGGACCUGAACCUGCUGCAGAGGAGGACUCGGUGCAGAUCCCUCCAUGGAGGAGCCACCUGGGGGCGCCACAGAGCCGAGAUCCAGACUCCGCCCACAUCUACCACGUCAUCGGAGGAGGGCGGAGCAGCAACGGUGAUGCUAACGCAUCAUCACCGCCAGCCAAUCAGGAGCCAGGGCAGGAGCGCGGCAGCGGCGUGGUUUUGAGCGACCAUGAGAGGAAUUCAUUGUACGCACGAGUCAGCAAGAAGGCGAAACUGACCACGCCCCCUGUAGAUACACCUGAGCAGGUGCAGGUGGAGGCGCAGGUGGAGGAGGAGGAGGUCUCACCUCCGCUGCCUGACAGGCUGUCACAGCUGGACGGAUGAAGAAAAAGGACCAACGAAUGAACUACAUUUCCCAUCAUGCAGCGCUGUGUUGAUCGUUUUCCAAUCAGCCAAUCAUCUUAGUGAUUUGCUUCCACUGCUCUCAGCUCAUUUGCAUACAGGUGUGGAGUACCUUUAUAUAUUUAUACAUGAUGUCACAGUGUGUGUGUGUGUGAUGGUGUUAAAGUCAUGAAGUCAAACUUCAAAAACACGUCUCCGUGUCUUUGUCCCAUCGCUGCCUGACUGUGUGUG